GCUACUCCCACUGUGUUUAUUCGCUCACAGGAUUCCACACAACCUCACUGGGAGCUCUUCGUUACAAACCCCGCCUUGUGCCCCGUCUGUUGCCAGGCUCGUAAUAUCAACGCGACCUUGAGAUUUUCUUUCUACAAAUAUCUGUGAAUCGCCAGACGGUUUCAACGAUGGAUUACACGAGGUUCUUGUCUGACGUGUCCAAGGGCCGCCAAGCCACCAUUCUGAGAGACCUUUUCAAGCUUCAACUCCAAGAUGAAGAGGAUUGGAUCUACCUUAUCGGCGGUCUCCCCAACGCAACCUAUUUCCCCUUUACAUCCGGGACUCUCAAGAUGGCCGACGGGGAGACGCUAGAGAUAACACCUCCCCUCAUGGUUGAUGCUUUGCAAUAUGGCAAUACUAUCGGGUACUCCCCUCUCCUGAAGCAGCUGUGUUCCCUGACGCAGCGGCUACACGACCCCCCUAGCUGGCAACACCGCGACCUGAUGCUGACCACGGGCUCCCAGGACGGCUUAGAUAAGGCCUUCAACAUGCUCGUUAACCCGGGGGACUUCGUGCUGGUGGAGGAGCCGUGUUAUAGCUCCGUUAUCUCGUCGCUGACGCCGUACCAAGUGAGGUUCCUCCCAGUCGAGACGGACGCAGAAGGGAUGAAGCCUGAAGCCCUGAGAAACGUCCUGUCGCGCUGGAAGCCUCAGGAGGUGCGAGAAGCGACUAAGGAUUUCCCGAAGUUCCUGUACACCAACCCGACCGGCGCCAACCCGUCCGGAGGUGUCCUGGGCGAGGCGAGGCGGCUCGAGAUCUACGCCAUCGCCUGCGAGUACAACUUCCUUAUUCUGGAAGACGAUCCGUAUUAUCUCCAGGUUUAUCUCGAGCAACCUCCGCCCAGUUUCUUGAAGAUUGAUACUGAGUGUCGAGUUCUCAGGUUCGACUCCUUUUCGAAGACGCUGGGAGGGGGCCUGAGGGUCGGGUACGCAACAGGUGCCAAGGCGCUGAUUGAUAAGAUGGUGUUACAUGCCCAGGUCUCGAAUCAGUGCGUUUCGCUAAUGUCUCAGGUGAUCGUAAGUGAACUGCUGCGGAAAUGGGGCGAAGAUGGUUUCCUCAAACACUCGCACAACAUCACUCUUUUCUACAAACAACAGAGAGACGCCAUUGUAGCCUCCGCGGAGAAAUAUCUAAAAGGAUUAUGCGAAUGGGCAGUUCCUGCUGGCGGCCUUUUCCUCUGGAUCAAGGUCACGUGCCUGAAGGAUACGACAGGGAUGCUUCUUGAACGGGCCAAGAAGAGGAAGCUGGUGCUGGUGCCCGGAAACUCCUUCAUGACGGACCCCAGCAAGCCGUGUCCAUUCAUAAGGGUGUCCUUCUCUUUCAACACCAUUCAUUUGUUGGACGAGGCCAUGAAGAGACUUGCAGACCUUAUUCAGGAUGAAAUCGAGUUCAACGCUUCCACUGGAAAUUGCUCAUAAGCAUACAGGCUUUACCGCAGGGAUAAGUAUCAUUCCGUGCCUUAUAACUAUGAUUUUUUUGUUGGAGAAACUAUAAAAGUUAUAAGCUGA